AUUUGAUUACUUAAUGCCUUUGUACCUAUUGGUGAUUAUUACAAAUAUACAAAGUAUUUAGUAUUUACCAGAUUCCUAAACUAUACGUUAGUGUUAGAACUUGAUUUUUAUUAUAAAGUUCGGGCUCUACCUUAAACGUAAUCAUCAAUAUUAACCAAUAAAAAGUUCAAAAAMAUCAAUUCAAAAUGAUGACCCUAAUAAAUCGGAUACUUGAUUGGAUUAAGAGUAAAUUUUGGACUGAAGAAAUGGAACUCACUCUCGUUGGGCUACAAUGUUCUGGCAAAACUACGUUUGUUCACGUAAUUGCAUCGGGACAAUUUAAUCAAGAUAUGAUACCAACAGUUGGCUUCAAUAUGCGAAAAGUGACAAAAAAUAAUGUCACUAUAAAAAUAUGGGAUAUUGGUGGUCAACCACGUUUCCGAUCUAUGUGGGAGAGGUAUUGCCGAGGAGUUAAUGCAAUUGUUUAUAUGGUGGAUGCAGCCGACACUGAUAAAUUAGAAGCUUCAAGAAAUGAACUUCACAAUUUAAUAGAUAAACCACAAUUAGCAGGUAUACCUGUCUUAGUUUUGGGUAACAAGAGAGAUUUGCCAAAUGCUCUAGAUGAAGUUGAACUGAUUGACAGGAUGAAUUUAAAUGCAAUUCAAGAUCGAGAAAUAUGUUGCUAUUCAAUAUCUUGCAAAGAACAAGAAAACAUUGAUAUUACUUUGCAAUGGUUGAUUAGCCAUUCAAAAUCUAAUCGUCAAUCAUCAACGUAAAAUUAUCAUUGGAUAAAUUUCAUAUCUAGCACUGAAUUUGUGCUAAAAUAUUGAAUCUUUUCUAGAUUUAAUUUUUUGUUUAAGGCUGAUCCACCUUUUUAAUUUUCUUUUACCCAAUAUAGAUAAAUUAAUGCCAUUUUAAUCAAUGCACUCCUGGUUAUAAUACAGCAACUAAAUAUAGAAAUUAUUAUAUUAUUAUAGAAAAUUAUAUUUUUGGAUCAAACCUCAGUUUAUAUGUCAUACUAUUUACAUUAAUUGAUAAUAUGGGUCUUAUUACUUU